AUGGGCACUCACUUUAUCCUUGUAACCAUAGCCAUCAUGGCCUUGGCUUCCACACUUGUCUCUGCUUCAGACCCCAGUCCUUUACAAGACUUUUGUGUUGCUAUUAAUAACUCUGCUGUGUUCGUGAAUGGCAAAGUCUGUAAGGACCCAAAGCUUGCCACAACCGAUGAAUUCUUCUUUUCCAGCCUCCUUACUCCACAAAGCACAUCGAACCCAGUUGGGUCAAAGGUCACCCCCGUAAAUGUUAUGCAAAUACUUGGCCUCAAUACUCUUGGCAUUUCCUUAGCUCGCAUCGACAUGGCACUUUAUGGCCUCAAUCCACCCCGUACACACCCUCGUGCAACUGAAGUGAUCGUGGUCUUGGAAGGUACUCUCUACGUUGGUUUCGUGACCUCCAACACUGACAACCGUCUCUUCACAAAGAUCUUGUACCUAGGAGAUGUUUUUGUGUUCCCACAAGGUCUCAUUCACUUUCAAUUUAAUAAUGGAAAGACUAAUGCAGUAGCUCUUGCUGCCCUAAGUAGCCAAAAUCCCGGAACCAUUACAGUUGCUAAUGUAGUGUUCGGGUCAAAUCCAAAAAUUUCUGAUGAUGUUCAUACCAAGGCAUUCCAAGUGGACAAGAAGGUGGUAGUCUAUCUUCAAGCACAAUUUUGGUGGCCCAACAACUAG